AUGGACAAUAUUUAAUAAAGAGAAACUUUAGGCUUAUUCAUAAGAUUCACCAGUAUCUGCCAAAUUCGUUGCGGAGUCUUAAGCUCCAAAGACGACGUGCUUACUAAGGACAACCAUCAAUGUUUGGAGAAAUGCACAAAUCACAUGAUAGAUUCCUUCAGAAGAAUACAAGAUGCAUACAAAUGA